AUGGCGCCCAAGGCUGAUGCUCAGAAGAAGCCCGCCUCCAAGGCCCCGGCUAGCACUGCUUCCAAGGCUCCCUCUGAGAAGAAGGAUGCCGGUAAGAAGACCGCCGCCUCUGGCGAGAAGAAAAAGCGGACCAAGGCCCGCAAGGAGACCUACUCCUCCUACAUCUACAAGGUCCUGAAGCAGGUCCACCCCGACACUGGUAUCUCCAACCGGGCGAUGUCUAUCCUCAACUCCUUCGUGAACGACAUUUUUGAGCGCGUUGCUACUGAGGCUUCUAAGCUCGCUGCCUACAACAAGAAGUCUACCAUCUCCUCCCGCGAGAUUCAGACCGCUGUCCGCCUCAUCCUUCCUGGCGAGCUGGCCAAGCACGCUGUCUCGGAAGGUACCAAGGCCGUCACCAAGUACUCUUCCAGCACGAAAUAA